GUGCGCAUCGGAGUGCUUUUCGGUAAAUAUUUGCAAUAUAUAUAGUCGUACUGCGUUAAAUGGUGCCUUGAAUGAAAAAAGGAAGUAUUCUGUUCAUUUCGAGCCGUGGACCACGCCGGACAAGAUGGAACUACCAAAGUUUGAAGAACAGAUUAGCAAAUUGCGUCUCGGACUCGAGCAAUCCGAUCGGGCCUCAUUCAAGAAGACACUCGCACAAAUGCAACGAUUGGCGGAUGAUUUCAAGGGCCAUGCGAAUGAAUACAUCUGCCUCGCACACCUCGCCAAAGAUUUGAUCGAUUGGCUAGUCCGCCAAGAGCCAGCGACUGCCGUGGAAACGAGCCCCUGGAAGGCUUGCUUUAAGCUUGCCGAGAGUUUUCUCGAAAACUCUCGAAACGCACCGGCACAACUACGUGUUUACUGUAUUAAGAUGCUGUAUAAUGGAAUUUUAAAGCUUAACGGCAAGCAGCGCGCCCAGGUCCUGCUCAUAACGUUAAUGGCACAGUUCGAGAUAACAGAGAAGGAGGUGGUACUAUUCCAACGAGUCAAGCGCAUUGCUCUUUCGAAUCUGCCCGCUCUGCAAGAGGCCACCGACCGUGCACUGUACGGUGCGGCCGCCUGCGAUGUUGUAAUUGAGCUACAGCGCAAACUUCUAAUCCAAGCAGCCGGCACACACGGAUCGAACACCGAUGGGCAAGUACGGACGGUAGUCUUGGACUACUUCCGGGAAGUGUUCAGUACCAGUAUGGUGAUUCUGAACCGCUUUUUUGCCUACGAUCGCACCAAGGCGGAGCAGCUGUUUCGUACUGUGAUGGAAACGAUGAGCACAACGGUUCGACUCGACAAGCCGGAGCUGAUUGCCCUGUUCGAGGAUGGCUUGGAGUACGUUGAGAGAAUACUAGCUUUCUGCGAAAGCGAACCAGAGUACCUGAGAUAUGGGGAGUUUUUCAACCUCUUCCAGACGUUAAAGGAGGAACCAUACGCCACCAUUGGCCAAAUGGUGCAGCAAACGGUAAAGCUUGUACGCAGCGACCGUCCUACGGUGUACCAGUAUGCGACCCUCGCUACGACAGCUCGCACCUUGUAUACCAUCGCUCCCUCCGAUAAGCUGGUAAUGAAGGUGAUUAUUCUCACUGCCAUGAACAGCUUUUCGCAUCUAAACAGCAUGGGUUCAGAACUGGUCGCCGAUCUGAAGCUAGCCGCGGCUAUGAUCGAACUAGUCGAAAGGUUGUUACCCUUCGUGCGCCACUGUCCUUCCCGGCAGGAGCAACAAUCCCUGUGUCGCAACUGCUCCCAAAUCCGGCGUCAUCUGGCCGAUCGAUUGCUAACGAUUUUGAUCAUCAUCAGUAUUAAUCAGAUGAAGGGAGCAGCAACGGAUCGUACACGGUCACCGGUACAGCAGACCCCCGCUACCAGCUACACCAUUUCUCGGGUCUGUGAGGUGUUCCAACGGAAGGUGACGCUGCUGAAAGAAUUGGAUUGUGACCUCAAGCGUUCGCUACUACACUCUACCGCACGCCAAGCGGUGGUGUAUGUGAAACACGCAAUGCAAAGUUUACGUCAGGCCGCAACAGAAACCGAUGAUGAUAGCUACGAGAACGAGAGAAAGGAAUUGAUCACACUAACGAAAUGGUUUAUCGAGCUGAACAGCACGGAACGAUUCGAUUUUCUAUCCGAGUUUAAACUGCUUCGAUUACUCGAGGGCUGUAUGUCCACGAGUCCGGCAUUCGUUUGGUCUAACCUAAGCAUCCAGUUGCUAAAGUUGCUGCUUACCAUUCGUGACAACAAAUGGGAAAUGCCUACCGACGAAGCCAGCAACAUCGCUGGCAUCGAUGCGAUCAACGACGUGCUGCGAGCGAUAUUCUUCUUCCAAGGAAAAGCCCCCACCGAUGAUCCGGUACGAUCGCUCACCGUAGUGCAAAUGUACUCCCAGGAGCACUACGAUCGGUUCGGAUUCACUUUUGCCAGCGAGCCCUCAACCAAUGAAAAAAUAACGAUCAUCACACAGGAAAUGGCAUUCGUGGCCAAGUUCAAAACAGCUCCCACGCUGACCAGUUAUUUCCAGCAGCUGAGCAUGCUGGGCAAUGUGCGUCAGCAUUGCCUCACGUUCGGUAUGGCGCUCUACUCGCUCAGUGAACAAGAAUGGGAGAAGCUGCCAGCACGGCAAAUCAACGAGUUAUGGGCCGGUCUGCAAAGCCACAACCCGAGCACCGUUUCGGAACAGAUCAAGCGCGAGGCAUCGUUUGCCAUCAUAAGCUACCACCGGUUUUGGUAUCUUAACCAAACCUCCAAGAACCGGCUGCGCGAGAUACCGUUGGAGCGAGAACAUCUGCGUAAUGGACAGCUGGACGAACGGAUACUGCUCGCAAACCAGCUGGAUUGUGAAACGCAGACACUGGAGCAACUGGAUGCGCUCCGGCACCACUUCUCGGCGAUGAUGAGGCUAAUGUGUGUCGAAGGGUUCCGGUCACCGAUCCUCGCAUUGCUUCCUUCCCUCAUGUACGUCACCUCCUUGCUCGACAGUACGGCUCGGUACUGUCAACUGAACUACUAUCCUCAUCGGGCGGUUGAACUUCAGCUGCUGGGUUUGCUAUUGAUCAGCCAGCGCCGGGCUGAAAAACCAUACGAUCAGUGCGCCGCGCUAGGGUUUCUGCUCGAGCAACACCACGUGGCGGCGGAGUGUUUGCCGGUGUUUUACAGCGAUACUGAUCAAUGGCCAGCACAUGCCGGUGGAGAUCUUUCGACGUUACCAGCCUUGGCGCAGCGUGCCAUGGAAUUACUGCAACGCUGCUGCCACGAUCCUUCUCCGGGAGAGGAACCGACAACGUCGGCUGUACCCGAAUCGCGUCGCUUUCCGUUGCUCAAUCUCUGCCUAGCGCUGGCCAUUUAUAGGGGAUCGAGUAGCAGCAGGAAGGGGCUUGAGAGCGCACUGAAAUUGAUCCGGCGUACGCUUGCACUCGCGGACAAGUGGGUUGAUCGAGCGGAACUAUCCGAUGGUAACCAUCAGCUGCUAAAGGGUCGCACGGCACAGAUCCUGUUUCGGUUAGCGACGGAGUCGGGUUUACCGUUUCCUGCGUCCGUUCCACCGGUAGCCUUCGUGAAGCUGAUGGUUACCAAUUUCAACGAUCUGCAGAAGGUCUGCCGGGAGCAGCUGCUAACACUUUCGCUCGCUACCAUUGAGACAACGGUGGCCGUGCUGCAAUAUCUGUUGGUCCGGUACGAAAUUGGAUCCUACAUCGAGGGAUACAUCGAGCAGAUGCUGAAGUAUACCAUCAAACGUGGUGCCGGUUUGCGGGUGCUACAGAUUCUACUGCUUUACGGCAAUGUUAGUGCCGAUAUGCAGAAGGUAGACCGCAGUGAGAUGGCCGUUGGAAUUCUGAAUCGUUUGCUAAUGCACCGCACGAUCGGAUCGGUAGCUCAGUAUCGGAUCAAACCAGCCCCAGGACAGGUGGCCACUGGCCUGAGCGACGAGACGAAUCGUGUGUGGUCAAUGCUACCAUCGGCUGCAUCUGUUUUUGGUGCCGUGCAAGAUGAAAUCGAUGGAGUACGAAAGAUUGCGAAAGAAUCUUCAACCGAAAGCAGCCUGCCACUUACUGUCGAAGGUCGCAGGCAAGCGUUCACGGGUGUCACAUUGCAAGAUAGCGACGGAUUAUCGGCAGGACAGGAGGAACUGCAGCAAAGGGUCGAAAUGCCGAUUGAAAAAUAUUUAAUGUUUGACCACGAGCCUACCUGUGGUUGUCCCUACUGUCAGUCAACGUUGCACAAAUGGAUGGCCUUCCGAACGGCGGCCCUCGCGGCUCGAUACGCGGUGCUCAAUGGACAGCGACCGGUGGCACAGAUCGGGCACUACUACCAAGCCAUUACCGAUCAUUGGCUCAAGGUGAUGGAACCGCGGGUACGACAAGCACUGGCUCAACAGCCACCAAUCGAACCCAGCUCCUCCAAGGAGUUGUGGUGUACGGCCGGAUAUCGCUCGGAACUGGCAAAGGACGUCAUGCGUACGAUGCUUCAUCGGGCACAGUUUGAAGAGCGGCAGGGCAACUGGGCUUCCGUAGUGCCGGUUUACGAACGUGCCGUUUCCUUAUGGGUGGGCAUACCACGUUUGAUCGUCGACGAGGCGCUGCUAGAGGACCUUCGGUUCAACCAACACUUAGCACAAUCGAUGCUCGAGGGUUGGCGACCCGAUAAAGAGGCCAGAAAACGAUCUUCUGCUAAAUCGAGGAUGAGCUAUGGUGACUUUUUGGCCUCACGCAAAGCUUCGGCUUCCACCGAUGUACGUAAUCUAGGUGCGGAGUUCGAUAAGCUGCAGCUGCGAACACCCGUUAGCAAGCCGCAUUCGGUGGCAUCCCGUGGUCUACCAAAGACGGUGGAUCGUGUUAAUGAGCUGCUGCGGCAGGCUGCUUCCCGUCGGCAUCAGCAAAGGCAUGCUAGUGGUGUGGAGGAUCGAGUUACCGCACCCCUUACCACGGCUUCCGCUCGCAAACCAAAGACGGUUAACAUAUUCGUCGAUUCACCACCGCCAGCACCAGCGACGGAACGACGUGCCAAUGGACGACAGAAGAGAACACGAAUUGAGACCAGCUCCGCCUCACCCUUUGAUCAGCUAACCACACUGUCCUCCGGAGCAGCAAAAGCAACAGAACGAGUGGACGUGGUGAUGGACAGUAGUUUCGCUAAAUCUGUGGUGCCGAUGUCACACAUUGUGGCCAAUUCGAAAUUACCCAGCUCGGGCACCAAAUCGAAUCGAUAUCCGUGCGAUCAUCCCACACCUGAUGAAGCGGCCAGUACUCCAGCGACACCAGUAAAAGCAAAAGAAGCGUCACCCAUCAACUCGGCGAUUGAUAGUCCCUCGUUGAAUAGGUCGUUUCGAGAUGUGCUUGUCCUGGGAAGGAAGAGGACCGUGGAAACUGUUGGUCCAAAGCAAGAAGAUCACGAUAGUUCGAGCGUCAUUGUCGUGCUGGAUGACUCGGAUGAGAGCGUCCACGAUGUGGUAGAGGCAAGCUUCGUCGAUUCCCGAUCGACACCAUCCGUAUCUAAUUCAGCACUGUCCCUGAAAUCGUACUCCGCACGAAGAAAUGAGGCUCACGGUGGCACCCCCAUGACGGCGACUAGACGACGAGUAGAUCCUCAAGGCUCCUCCUCAUCGGCCACGGCUGUAAAGCGAAAACCGGCAAUGCGAAUGACCAAAGUUCGGCUUCAAUUCGAUGGGUCCAGUCCACAGCGAGAGCGAUCGGAUUUGAAGAAAACGAAAACAUCAUCUACCUCGAGCUCCAGCAAUGCACCCAGUGCGAUCACGGCAAGCGAACAGAGAACCACUAGGGCCCGCCGUGUAGGUACACCAAGAGUGGCAUCUCCUACACCACAGCUGGCAGCCACCGUUGCCGCUGCUCCGGUGGAGGUGAUCGUGCUGGAUGAUACGAGAAGAGAGAGUACUGGUGUACCGUCGCAAGAGAAUAUUGCCAAGCGUACUAGGCAGCGCAGAAAACGUAUUAAUUUGUGAUCGUUGGCGGAGAACUGGACGGUGGUUCGAUAUGUCGGAGAUAUGCUAGUGUUCCUGCUGGAGUUUUUUUUUUCUUUUUUGCUAGAGCAAUAUACAAAGGUAGAUUUUUUUCCGGUAAUGGAUUUGUGACGCUAGCCGCAUAGAGAUUUUAUUUCAAGAAAAAAUUGAUUCAAGUUGGAGUUGGAGAGUUUGAAUGUGAAUGCUGUUAGUUCUAUAGAAUAAAUUUAAAAUAAUCAAUCACCUGCCAUAAUUCAUUGACACCAGACAAACCAGGGGUUAUUUUACUGCAGGAAAUAUGUAUUCUUCUUGUUUUAAGCCCGUUAUUUCAGCAAAAGAAGC